CCCUCCUCCACCCCGCGCGCAGGCCCUACCUUCCCUGCCCUCCGAGACUACGGCCUAUAUCUCUGACGAUAUCAUUCCUUGCAUGGUAACGGUCCUUGCCAAUUCCGUUCCUGCUCAAGAUUUCGACACAAAGACGUCCCUCUCGGUCGGCGCCUCCUUGCAGUCCCAAGCGGACCGCGGCCGCUAUGGCACCCGCCGCCGUUCUGGAGAAACCCGGGGAAGAUCAGUCUAGCGAAGACCGGAUGGAGUCGAUCGAGUGCGCAGACCGCCUGACACUGCUCCGGAGCAUGCCCGAGGCGCCGCUCGAAUGCCAGGUCUGUGUCGUCGGCGCCGGCCCGGCCGGCCUGAUGCUGGCGUGUAACCUGGCACGGUGUGGCAUCAAAGUAGAAGUUGUGGACGACCGGGCGGACCAGACGCCUGUGGGUAGAGCCGAUGGCUUACAACCCAAGACGAUCGAGACGUUCCGACAAAUGCGCCUGGCAGACCCUCUGUUGCAGCGCGGCGUCCGAGUGUACGACAUCUCCUUCUGGCGCAGCACGCCGGACGAGCCACUCCAUCGACUGGGCCGCGAAGUCCACUACCCACCCGUCAUUGACGUAUUGGAUCCCUACAUCCUGCUGGUGCACCAGGGCAUGGUCGAGAGCUUGUUCAUUGAGGACUUGAGGAAGCGCGGUGUCGAGGUGCGCAGGAACACAGCGUUCGACUCGUACAGUGUCUGUGACAACAAAGGCGGCCCGCUCCAGAUUAAUUGCCGCACGAAUGUCACGCAGGACCGCAAGACGCUCCUGACACAGUAUCUUGUCGGCUGUGACGGCGCACAUUCCAAGGUCAGAAAGAGUAUUCCAGAUGCUAAACCUGUGGGCAUGUCGCAGCCUUCGGUCUGGGGUGUCUUGGACGGAGAGCUGAUCACCGACUUUCCCGAUAUCUGGUCCAAGACGCUUGUCUAUUCACAGGAGCACGGUUCCAUCCUGAUCAUCCCCCGUGAACGCAACAUGACGCGCUUCUACAUCGAGCUCAAAAGUUCGGGGAAGGCAGAGCGGAACCAGCUCGGCCAGGAAUUUGUCAUGCAACGUGCCAAGCAGAUCAUGGCCCCGUUUGAGGUCGGGUGGAAGUCCAUUGAGUGGUUCGGCCGCUACCAGAUCGGUCAGCGAGUGGCAAGCCGCUUCUGCGACAACCAUCAGAGGGCAUUUCUUGCCGGAGACGCCAGCCAUACACAUUCACCCAAGGCUGCUCAAGGCAUGAACACCUCAAUGCACGAUGCCUGGAACUUGUGCUGGAAGCUCAACCUUGCGGUCCGGGGUCUCGCCAAACCAGCAUUGCUGGAAAGUUACGAGGAGGAGCGGAGGAAGAUCGCUCUGGAUCUGGUUAACUUCGACUACGAGCAUGCCAACCAAAUUGCCGGGGGUGACGCUGUGGCCCUUGCGGAGAACUUCAAGACCAACGUUCGGUUCAUCUCGGGCAUUGGUGCCGAGUACGGCGAGAACGCCAUCAACAUGACGGAACCCCAGAUUUGGGUCAUGGGAGAGGCCAAGCCGGGGUGCCUCCUACCACCAGCCAAGGUCACCCGCUACCUGGAUUCCAACCCGGUCGACAUACAGCUUGACAUUCCCAUGCUGGGCCAGUUCCGCAUCUAUCUCCUGAUGUGGGAUGUGCACCAGUCGCGCAUCUUCCUCGAGACAUUCUGUGAUGCCAUUGCCUCGAAAGACUCGUUGGUGAGCCGACUUUCCGCUGCGGCAAGCAUCUCGUAUGCCAAGCAGCCCCGUGCGCCCGCCCCCGAGGAUAUCUACCUACGCCCGGAGCGCUACACGGCAGUCAGCCAUCUCUUCACAUUCGGUCUGAUCACAACCAUGCCCAAGUCGGAAAUCGAAGUGACAGACCUCCCCGCCCUCCUCCAAGACAGCCGCUGGACGUUCUACCUGGACGACGUUCCUGAACAGGACACGCGGGGCUCGCUCUGCACCAACAAGUGGCUCGGCAGCCUCGGGCCGGGCGAGGUCGCCAUCGUGAAUGUGCGGCCCGACGGCUAUGUUGGGUCCAUAGGCCGCUGGGACUCCAGUAUCGAUGAGGCCGGGGAGGACGCCGCCAAGUGGUUGGAUGCGUACUACGACCGGUUUUUGCAAGUGCCGGCGACGGUCCAGGCUUAAUUUGACCCCGUCGUCCGUGACGGCGAGCUUAUAAUCUGGCGAGCCGGCGAGUGGCACGGGGUGUGGCACGGGGUGGGAUGUUGAAUAUAAAAUAAAGACGGG